UUCAGCAUGAUGCUGCCAAAAAAAAUGAGGCCACUGCUGUUCCUGGUUUCCCAGAUGGCCAUCUUUGCUCUAUUAUUCCAUCUAUAUGGCCACAACUUCAACUCCCUGUCCACGAAGGAGGAGCCCAAGCCCAUGCAUGUGCUGGUCCUGUCUUCCUGGCGCUCUGGCUCCUCUUUUGUGGGACAGCUUUUUGGGCAGCACCCGGAUGUCUUCUACCUGAUGGAACCUGCCUGGCACAUCUGGAUGACCUUCACAGAGAGCACUGCCUGGAGGCUGCAUAUGGCGGCCAGGGAUCUGAUACGUGCCAUUUUUCUGUGUGACAUGAGUGUCUUUGAUGCCUACAUGAAACCUGGUCCUCGGAGACAGUCCAGUCUCUUCCAGUGGGAGGGCAGCCGGGCCCUGUGUUCCCCGCCUGCCUGCAAUGUGUUCUCGCGGGAUAUGAUCAUACCUCAGGCUCACUGCAAACUUCUGUGCAGUAAACAGCCUUUUGAGGUGGUAGAGAAGGCCUGUCGCUCCUAUAGCCACGUGGUGCUCAAGGAGGUGCGCUUCUUCAAUCUGCAAGUGCUCUACCCACUGCUGAGAGACCCUUCCCUCAAUCUGCACAUCGUGCACCUGGUGCGGGACCCCCGGGCAGUGUUCCGUUCUCGAGAACACACCACAGAGGAACUCAUGACUGACAGCCGCAUUGUGAUGGGGCAGCGGGAGAAACUCAAGAAGGAGGACCAGCCCUACUAUGUGAUGCAGGUCAUCUGCCAAAGCCAGAUGGAGAUCUACAAGGCUGUGCAGUCCUUGCCCACAGCUCUGAGGCAACGCUACAUGCUCAUACGCUAUGAGGACCUGGUCCGGGACCCCCUUGGCCGUACUGACCAAAUGUAUAAAUUUGUGGGGUUGAAAUUCUUGCCCCAGCUCCAGACCUGGGUGUACAACAGCACUCGAGGCAAGGGCAUGGGUAGUCAUGCCUUCCACACUAAUGCCAGGAAUGCCCUCAACGUCUCUCAGGCCUGGCGCUGGACCUUGCCUUAUGCAAAGGUUUCUCGACUUCAAAAAGUCUGCAAUGAUACCAUGACUUUGCUGGGCUACCACCUUGUCAGAUCUGAGCAAGAGCAGAGAAACCUGUCACUGGAUCUUCUGUCUACCUAGACCCCUUCCAAGUAAGUCUGCCAAGAGGGUUGAGGAGACUCUGUCCCCACUUGGCAUCAGCCUCAGCCACAUUAACUGAAGUCUUCUGAGCCUUAAUUACAUUUCUAUCAGUGUACAUGUGAGCAUGGGUUGUGUCCACACAUGUUCAAGCUAGGAGAUCUCUGUCUCUACUCAUGCCAGGAAGAGAUUCAGGAACCUAUAUGAGCAGCACAUUACACUGCUGAAAAAGAAGUAUCACCUUUCUUCUCUUCUUGGCCCUCCUAUCUGUGUAUACCUCAAAGACUUUGGGGCCUGGGGCCCUAUUUGACACCACACAGUAUCAGUGGAGUAAAUCCAUAAACUUCUCUGUCCCCAGCGGGACAGGAAAACCAGUGAAAUGGGUCUUCUGCCAAAGAGCCCACCAGAAUAUUCCACAGGGAUAUGAACUCUGAGCCCAUGGAGCUUCUGGUGGAUUCAAAAAGGGAACAGAGAACAGGGUUGGAUGCUUACUGGUGAGCCUGGCCAUCACAGCUAUCAGUUGUCACAAAUACAAAGAUCUCUGCACAACAAACAGAGUGAGCUCUUAAACUCAUGGUGUGGCUGGGCCCCCUGUGGACAUCAUUUCCCCUAGGACAUCAAAACCCCUAGGUGUUUUCCUAUCACCUAGAAGAUUUUGACUUGUGAAGCCGCCAUCUGUUAACACUAAAAUUCCAAAUAGGAUUCUGGUUGGAGUUUCCCCUUUUAUGCUUUGUACUUACUUAGUAAUAAACACUAAUUCUUAUAGAAUCCUAACCUGAUAGCACAAACAUCUUUAUAGAUUUUUAAAAAUACUUUUUCUAUU